AUGCCCCGGCCUCCGCUGGCUGUACAGGUGGUGACCUUGACCCUGGUGCCCCUCGUGUGCGCCGUCGGUGUGGCGGGCAACGCCAUGGUGGUCCUGGUGGUGCUCCGAAGCCGCCAAAUGGUCACACCCACCAACUGUUACUUGGUGAGCCUGGCCGCCGCCGACCUGCUGGUGCUCCUGGCGGCCGGAGUGCCCACCGUCGCGGAGGCGGCGUCCGCCCGGGUUUGGAUCUUCGGCCACGCAGGCUGCCUGGGCAUCAUCUACCUGCAGUACGUGGGCAUCAACGCGUCCACAGGCUCCAUCACCGCGUUCACCGUGGAGCGCUACCUCGCCAUCUGCCACCCGCUGCGCGCCCAAACUCUGUGCACGGUGGCAAGGGCCAAGCGCAUCGCCGCAUCCGUGUGGCUGGGCACCAGCGCCUACUGCGUCCUCUGGCUCUUCCUGGUGGACACAAGCGAGACGGUGUACGCUGACGGCGUGCAGGUGCAGUGUGGCUACCGCAUGUCACGCUCUCUAUACCUGCCCAUCUACUUCCUGGACUUCGCGCUCUUCUAUGCGCUGCCCUUGGGCCUGGCCACCGCAUUCUACCUACUCAUAGUGCGCAUCCUCUUUGUGGGGCCGCUGCCGCCUGAACACCGGGGGCACUCGGGCUCUGCGCAGCAGGGUCGCCCCUCUGGCCACCAGCGCUACUCCUCCAGGGGCAAGAGAGGCGCCCUCAACUCCCGGAAGCAGGUCACCAAGAUGCUGGCUGUGGUGGUGCUGGUUUUCGCUCUGCUGUGGCUGCCUUACCGCACCCUGGUGGUGGUGAAUUCCUUCCUGAGCCCGCCCUACCUCAACCCCGGCUUCCUGCUCUUCUGCCGCCUUUGCGUCUACCUGAACAGCGCAGUCAAUCCUGUCAUCUACGCCCUUAUGUCCCAGCGCUUCCGGGAGGCCUUCCACGGACUGUUUCAGUGCCAGCGGGCCGGGCCCCAGCUCCCGCCCCAGGAGGCCACCCCUGUGUACUACAGUGUCAUCAAAGAUUGUUCCCAGAUCAGACUGGGCUCUUAGAAGCAACCAGGGAGCACGAUGUCCAGACCUGGAGGGGAAUCCUGGCCCCUGAGGGCAAGGCCCACUACUUUAUCUUUACUGAAGAGGGAGUGGUGUCCAGGGCUGUUUAGUAAAGGUGUGCAGGUUGUGCACUGCACAACACUAGGGGGUCACAAUUCACAUCACAGCCUAGAUCUAUAUAUUUGGUAAAACAAUUUUCCAGCUUAAUAAAUAUACAAAUCCAAGAGGGAGACACCUCUUUAUAUUUUACACAAAAGCACCCUGUGGCCUAAGGGCCGCCUGGGUGGAUGCACAUUUGCAGAUUGAGUAGCGCAGGGGCAUUCACCAGGGAUCUCUUGGGAAUCUGGAUGCACUCUUCCUAAAGAUUCGGGGAGUAUUUUUUUGUUUUGUUUUGUCUUGCCAGCAUCAGCACCAGAUGGUGCCUCCCCCGGAUACUGAUGGUGACAUGUGACUCUGUUGAGACCCUGCUACAUAGAGGGCAGCCUGCGGGGCAUUUCAGAUACUACAGAGGUGAUGCUAACAGGGCCCCCACUCUCAGGAGCUCCCAUUCUAACGGGGGAGGGAUGGACGACACGUCCAGCCCAGCACUGGGAUCCUGGCUGAUGCAACCGAUGAGGAAGGCAGGUGGGUGCUGGAUGCACUUGCCUUUUCUAAACUAGACGUGAGCCCUCUGGACCUGUGACCUGGGUCCAGGCUUCUAGGACCACCCAACCUCAUAAUGCAGGGAGGGAGGACCGUAAAAAGACUCCUGGAACCAGCCUUACCUGCGGGCAGGGUCUCCACGUUUUCAUUGAAAGGAAUCUAGGACA